AUGUCAACUCUGGCCGCGCAGCACUCAUCGUUCCAGGCUGCCUCACCAGAACUACUUCAGCCCAGGAGGCCUCGUGCUGCGGUACCAGAAUCCGAUGUAGAGCCGUCUGACGAAUGGAAACGAAAUAUGCGGCAGAGAAUAGAGGAAGGUUUACGGGACAUGGUAUUCGAUGCAAAGAACAACUACGACUCCAAACUCAAGGAGAGACUCAUGUCCAAUCUCCUGCGCGAGCAAUUGUACCAGGAGUAUCAGGCAGCGAUGGCUGAAAUCAGAAAGCUGGCUCAUGAGCAGUUUCAGGUUGAACUAGAGCGCGAACGUCAGGAACGACGGUGGGCUGCUGGGAUUGCAUUGACCCCUGGAUGGGACGAGGCGCUCAAGCAGGAACAGCAGUCAAUUCUGGAUACGAUACAGAAGGAUCAGGCAGGCAGGCUCGACGAUCAGCCGAUUCAGUUGUCCCCGCAGUCGCCCAAUGCCCCCUUCUCUGCGGCUUACCAUACAGAUGUCCGCAGUCCCCCCGUCCCUAUUCCUGAUCCCCCUCCACGUAGAGACACGCGGCCUACGACCUCGCUUCUUUCCGAGUACGCACCCCGGCGGGACACGCGCGAGCAGAAAGAGCCGUUUCGUGACCGCGAUACGAUGUCUGUGCGCUCUGGCGACUCGGGUUACGUGACGGGCACGACGAUGGUCGACGAGGCCGAGGAGGUGAUACUGCGCCCGAAACGACGAUCAGAUGCGUCUUCGUAUAUGGAGCGCCCUACAGAGGACAUUGACCGGCCGCCAGAACCGCUGGGGCGCCCCAUCGAACGUCCCCUCGGUCGGUCUGUGUCCGAGCGACACGCAAGCUCGCCGCCGCGCGUGCCCGAGUUUUGGAAGCCUUCGAUCUCUCCCGAAGAGGAUCUCGCUUCCGCACGGCCAUACCAGAUGAAUAGAAGGGGCAGCACGGCAAGUAUGAAGUCCAACAACUCGGGCUCAGCCAGCUAUCGCGCGCCUGCCACGAACCCCAUCCCAGAACGCAUCAGAGAACAAGUCGAGGUUGACGGAGAUCGCGAGCGUGAGAGGGAGAGGGAACGGGAGAAGGAGAGGGAGAAGGAACGGGAACGGGAACGGGACCGAGAACGGGAGCGGGAGCGGGAGCGGGAUAGAGAAGCUAAGGAACGCUCCAAGACACUGGAACGGCAACCAACCUGGGUGGAGAAGCCACGGGAGAGGGAGAGGCAAGAGCGCCCUGACGCCCGGCAAGGUUCGACAAGUGAGAACACCUACCACCGUUUCGCGUCUAUAUACUCACGCCGUAAAUACAUAGAUACUCUGCCGCGCAAUUUUACUAGGCCUCCGCAAACCGUCGAGGAAUUGGAAUUGCAAAGUAUGCAACACACGGGGGCGUACACUACUUGGUUCUCUGACCCCAGCGCUAGGGUACCUCCCCCUCCUUCGGCCUGGGUAGAUUCCGCUGAAUACUCACCUCGCCCCAACGAUCAGCGCUAUCAGGCUUAUCGCUCAGCAUCCCGGCCCAGCGUUCCCGAUGAAUUUGACUUUAGACUACCGCCAGAUCUCACUACUGCUAUAACUGAAACUCGGCCGUAUAGUCGCACGCCCUCGAUAGGGACUUCUGAGCACCCGUCAUACUUCGCCGAUCAUGAAACGGAUGCAAGGCUGGUGAGCGCUGCGACUGGCCGCCGCGCCUCCCUAUCCUCGCGCCGUCCCGAGGACAGGUCGCAGCCGGGGAUGUUGUCCAGCAAGCCCUCACGGGAGUACUCGCUCACGAUGGAACAGGCCCGACAACCUCUCUCAUCGCCAUCCAUCGGCGGCCUAAAGCACUCUCCGAUCAACGACGAUGUGCGUUUCCAACCAUCUAGUAACACUCGAGACCUCCUUGAUGAUACCGGCUCAUUGCGGCGCGCUUCGGUCAGCGAAUCUUCCGCCGCUCCCCGCUCAGCCUCCGCUAGCUACGCAGCUCAGAGUUCUGCACGCCCCCCUCCUGCCUCGCCCAACGGAUAUGGCUAUCCUACGACUGCAAGUAAUCCCGUGCCCAUCACAGGCCGCUCCAAAUACGACCCUUACGCCCGCUCGAGUCCUAAUUCCAGGGAUUGGAACAACUCACCGCAGUCCGUCGAUGCCAAAGGCGACGUCGGGAGCUUCACACAGUAUGGGCACCCUCCAAUAGAGGCGCGCCGCCCACUCAGUAGUCGUCCGUCGUUGCAGAGCUUCCGCCCGGAGUUACCGGUAUUAGCAGCCGAGGAAGAGAUGAGCGACGACAUGGAUAUGGAACCUAUUCCCGAGCAACCUACCCGACAUCGUGGUAGCGAUGCGGAUCUUCGCCCGUAUCGUGGUGCUCCUGCUGUAGAUAGGUACAAGGAAGCCAGGCGAUUAGAGGAACAAGUUAAAAGGGAUGAGGAGGCGAAGCGGGAGGCAAAGAAGCGGGAGGACGAGAGGCUCGAAGCCAAGCGUCAAGAAAGGCAGAGGCGCAAGGAAGAGGAAGCUAGGAAGAAAGCGGAGGAUGAAGAUAGAAAGCAGAGAGAGAUAAUUGCGGAGAUCAAGCAGAGGGCGGAGGCCACGGCGACGGAAGCCAGGCGGAAAGCGGCUGAGAGGGAACGCUUGAGACUAGAGGAGCAGGAAGCAGCGAGGCGAGAACAGUUCAGGAGGGAAGAAGAAGCGCGGCGGGAGCAGUUCGAGAGGGAAGAAGCGGCGCGGAAGGCGGAUUUGGACAGGCUUGAGACGAUGAGGAUGAUUGCCGAGGCCGAGGCUGCGAGAGAGGAAGAGCGGAGACAGAAGAUAGCGGAGGAGGCCGCAGCUGAGCGUCGGCGAGAAGAAGAAGCAGAGCAACGGCGUGUAGAAAUCCAGCGCAAGGAGGGUGAACUUGCUGCCAGGGCAGCCGAGGUACGACGGAGAGAAGAGGCCGAGGCGAGAGAGAGGGAAAAGAAGAUGGUAGAGGAGGCACAGGCAGAAGCGAGGCGCAAAGAGGCAGAGGUCAGGAGAAAGGAGCAAGAGGCGAGGAGGAAGGAGGAGGAAGUUCGAUUGAAGGAGGAGGAGGCCAGGAAGAAAGAGAUAGAAAUCAAGCUGAAGGAGGAGGAGGCCAGGAAGAAGGUGGCAGAGAUGCUGAGGAAGGAGGAGGAAACUCGAAAGAAGGAGGAAGAGAUUAAGCGUCGUGAGGAGGACCUUAGACGACGGGAAGCUGAGGUCAAGCGGCGAGAGGAUGAGGCGCGCAGACGGGAAGAGGAGAAGAUGAGGUUGGAGCAGGAGAAAGAGCGGCUGAGAAGAGAGGAGGAGAAAUCACGGGCACAGCAGCAGGAGGAGUUCCGCAGGAGGGAAGAGGAUAUUCGACGACGAGCAGAGGAGCGAAAGAGGCACGAUAGCGAAGGUUCAGGAUCAUACCCCGGCACUUCACCUACAUCUUCAUCCUGGACUUCCUCGCACUCCCAUCGUAGCAACACGGCUCCCCAUGUUCCAUCUUCUUCUCCUACGGACCGUGCCUCCACAAGUACUCCUAGUCGAAGCAACACCGCUUCAUGGAGCACCUGGGGUAGUACGGCGGCUGCCGGCAGCACAUAUACCAACGGAUCCCGACCAGCGCCAGCGCCAACCAGUACACCUAAGCCGACACCUAGCACGCCCCGUUCCACGUCUACCCCAUCGGCUAGCCCAUCAACGCCGAUCUCCGAGGCAGAAUGGGCACGUCGCCAAGCAGAACAAGCCCGAAAGCAGCAGGAGGCGUUCCGUAAGGAACAGGAACGGAUAGAGAUGGAAAGGCAGGCAAGGCAAGGUCGUAUUCUUACCAAGGACGAAGUACACAGGCUCUUCCAAACUCAUGAAACUCAGUGGAGUCGACUCACGACGUUGGAAGAGCUGACGUGGGACUCCUUCCCUUGGCCUAUGCUGAAGAAGCCUGUCUCCUCUGAAGAAAUCACCCCUGCUGCUGUUAGCGCUUAUGUGCUCUCUCCUCAUUAUCCCGAUAAGACCAAGUCAGACAAGGAUCGUAUCAAAGAAUACAUCAGGCGGUGGCAUCCGGACAGAUUUGAGACGAAGUACUUGGUUAGGGUCGUGGAAGACGACCGGGAACGAGUGAAGGAAGGCGCAGGGACGGUUGUAAGGAAUCUAAAUGAUCUUUUAACUCGAACAAAUGCACCGAGUUUGUUUUAG